AUGUCUUUGCAACAGGAAUCGCGAUUUGACUUACCAGGUUUUACCCUCCCCUUGUUAUAUACCAAGCGGGAAUACAAUGACAACAACUCCCUUUUCCCCAAUGCACUCGAUUUUGAAGAGGACGCAUACGACGGGUUUCUCUAUACCUUCCGCGAAAUUCUGAUGAUGCGGGUGAUGAACACUAUCACCGAUAAACCAGAUUGGGAUCGAAAGGUGUUUGACGAAAGCAUCACUAACAAAUGGCGACAAGAAGUGUCCGAAAGCGGGCAGGAUAUCUCAAAAGCCAUGAUGGACUGGAUCAUCAAAGAGUUACAGUGGAAGACCGAGGGUCUCAAGAAAGAUGGCAUCAUCAGUGUCUUUGACACUGGUGUGGUUAAAUCGGAUAAUGCAAUCCCAAAGGACCUCAAACAACAGCUCAUAGAAGCGGUGGCACCUUUCGAAGAUGUCCCAGACGACCAAAAGGACUAUCACCCCGGCACUGACAACAAAGUCCUCGAUCUCGUGCACCAAUCGCUCUUUGCAGUUGUCUACGGACGUACCUACAUUAUCCGAGACAAACUCAUCGGCCUGAAUGACUGUCUGAACUAUGUGGGUCAGGGAGAGGUGCUCCCAGUUACACCUAAACCCGCGCCAGCUCAGCGUUAUUCACGAGGCCAUGUGCCUGAUGCGCUUAGUCACAAGUUCCAAUGGCUUCCCUGUGACGUAGAAUUCGUCGGAAGUGAGCCCGCAUGUCGGAUCACCUCCUAUAUCAACAACGUUCACCCUAUUGAGCACAAUGGUCUAUAUGGAGUCGUCGAGAAGAUCAUUGACAGGGCUAUUCCGCUCUGGAACAAGAGUCUGGCACCACCUUCCCAAAUGGGACAAAGGAUUCCGUACGGAGAAGAUAUCAAAUACGUCGAUGGUUCUGAAGACACGGAGCCGAGACAAGGGGAAGAUGAGGAUGAAGAGGUCUACUGGGAUCGUCACGAGGUCUGGCAAGCUGCUCGCAAGAUCGAACUUCCAGAGCCAAACGUGAAUUCGUUCAAGCCACCGAACCAACCCUCUUUCCGAGAGCGUGUUGAUCUUCGCGAGAAUUUCAAGGACAGCGGACUCCAGAUUAUCGUGAAGCUGGCUAAUAUCGAGCUCACAACCGAAAACCCCGAGUAUGAUGGAGGAAGCUGGCACAUCGAGGGACAACUUAACGAACGAAUCUGCGCAACGGCCAUCUACUACUACGACAGCGAAAACAUCACACAGAGCACUCUCUCUUUCCGCCAUCGCGCCGGAAAAGACCUCGCUGACGACUUCUAUUAUGAACAAGGCCGCCACGAGUUCCUUCAGCAGGUCUACGGAUUUCCGGGCAGCGGAACUGACUUUGGAGAUAGUCCUGAUGGCAUUACGCAGGAUCUUGGAGGCGUUGUGUGUCGCGAGGAUAGACUUCUCACAUUCCCUAAUGUUCUUCAGCACCGAGUGUCUCCGUUUUCACUGGCUGAUCGAUCGAAGCCUGGCCAUCGCAAGAUUCUUGCGUUGUUUCUUAUUGAUCCGAACGUGAGAAUCAUUUCGUCGGCCAAUGUCCCGCCACAGCAGGAGGAGUGGAGUCAAGGACGACGGAAGUUGAUUGAUGGGCUUCUUGGUGAGCGCUUACCUGCGGAGUUACAGGAGAUAGUGCGCCAGGAUUUGCCGAUGCCAGUCAUGUCCUUGGAGGAGGCGAAGAAGUAUAGGUUGGAAUUAAUGAAGGAGAGGAGCGUGAAGAGUGAAGACCAUAAUCAAGGAUUCACUAGAGGGGAGUUCUCGCUGUGUGAGCACUAG